AUGUCUUUUCAAAACAUAGACAAAGCCUUAGAUUUUUAUGGUAAAUAUGCUGAAAUUUGCAGUUUUAAUAUACGUUCAUCUACUAGCUACAAAAAAAAGGGUAUUGUUGUUUUAAAAUAUUUUGUUUGUAGUAGGGAGGGUAUCAUAAAACCUAAACCUAAGAAAAGUGCAGAUGUUGUUCCACGUUAUAAGAGAUCAACCAAAAGAAUUGGUUGUAAAGCUAGAUUGAUUUUGAAAUAUGACAUAGUGAAGAGAACAUACCAUGUUUUAAAAUUCGAAGAGGCGCACAAUCAUUGUCUAGCUAGCCCUACAUCGCGUCAAUAUUUAUUGGGUAAAAGGAAAAUGACUUUGUUACACAAAAAUUUCAUAUCUAAGAAUGCACGGGUUAAUAUAGGACCGGUUAAAUCCUUUAGAUUGUUUAAGGAAAAUAUUGGGGGUUAUGAGAAUGUGGGAGUUACAAUGCAAGAUUUUAAGAAUUUCCAUAGGGAUUUGAAAACAUAUAUUAAAGGAGAUGAUGGGAAGAUGUUGAUCGAGAAUUUUAUCAGAAAAAGAGAUAUUUACACGGGGUUUUAUUUUGAUUAUGCUUUAGAUGAGGAGGACCACAUUUCACGUUUAUUUUGGGCCGAUGGGAUAAGUAGAAAGAAUUAUUGCUUAUUUGGAGAAAUGGUUACUUUUGAUUGUACUUAUAACACCAAUAAGUAUAGCAUGGUUUUAGCCCCUUUUACUGGUGUAGAUCAUCAUAAGUCUUGUAUUACAUUUGGUAUAGGUUUAUUAGCUAAGGAAGAUAGUGAAUCUUUUGAGUGGUUAUUUAGCACUUUUUUACAUUGUAUGGGGGAGUGUAUGCCAACAUAUUUGAUAACUGAUCAAGACCCUGCAAUGAAAAUUGCGAUUAAAAAUGUUAUUCCAAAUACAAUACACAAACUUUGCAUGUGGCACAUCAUGAGUAAAGUUACUGAUAACGUUGGACCGGAAUUGAACAAAAAUGAGGAUUUUUUGAAAGAAUUAAAUGGGUGUGUUUGGAAUAUUGAUCAAGAAGAAAAUGAAUUUGAGGAAAAAUGGGAGGGAAUUAUGACGAAAUAUAAUCUUCAAACAGAUAAAUGGUUUACUAGUAUAUUUAGUAUACGAGAUCAAUGGUUACCCGCAUAUUUUAGGGAUAUCCCAUUGGGGGAGAUUUUGAGAACUACAUCCCGAUCGGAAAGUGUUAAUAGUUUCUUCAACCAUUUUUCAAACCCUCACAUGACACUUAUUGAAUUUUAUAUGAGUUAUGAAAGUGCAAUGGAUGCACAGAGGUACAAACAAGAUAAGCUCAAUGCUGAAUCACUUCACACAAAUCCACAAAUAUAA